AUGACUGCUAUUCCACCGAAUGUUUCGAAGGCUUGUUACAUUGGAGUUAGCAAGAUUGGUGAAGGAGUGUAUGGUAGCGUCUACAAAACUGUCGAUGAACGUGCAGGAAAUAUGGUAUUAAUCAAAAAAAUUUACAUGAAUUCAGCAUUUGAGAACGGUGUACCAGCUACAUUAGUACAGGAAAUCACGCUACUUAAAUUACUGCGGCAUCCAAACAUUAUUUCCCUUGAAGACGCAAUAAUAAGCAACAGUCAACUGUACCUGAUAUUUGAAUUUAUCAGCAUGAAUCUGAAGACUUACAUCAGCAAAAUUCCCAAUAAUAAAUUGAUGGAUAAAGCCAAGCAGAAGUCGUAUUUGUACCAGAUUCUGCAAGCUGUUUCCUACUGUCAUCAAAGAAAUAUUCUUCAUCGUGAUUUAAAACCUGAGAAUUUACUUGUUGACGAUAAGGGUUUUCUUAAGCUUUCUGAAUUCCAUUUUUAUGAAGCAGUUAACACGCCAGAGAUAUGCUAUACGCAGAAGGCUCAUACUCAGUAUUAUAAGGCUCCGGAAUUACUAUUUGGUUCUACUUGUUAUACUUCGGCAGUAGACAUGUGGAGCAUUGGCUGCAUUGCUGCUGAAAUGGCUCUGAAGAAAGCACUGUUUGCUCCGGGUGAUUCAAACAUUGAUCAGAUUUUUCGCAUUUUCAGUGUGCUAUCGACUCCAUGUGAUGAAACAUUGCGUGUUCUUACAAAUGUGCCCAAUUGUUCAGAAACAUUCCCUAAGUGGAAGAAUAACCAUCUUCAUGAAAUUCUUGAUCACUUUAUGGAUAUUAGUGGCAUUAUGAUCGUGCAGAAAAUGCUUACUUACGAGCCGGAGAAACGAAUUUCUGCAAAACAGCUCCUGAUCGAUUCAUACUUCGCUGAUGUUGAUCGAACAAAGCUUCCAACUAGCGAAUAA